CUCCUUACACCCCUCGCAUUGCAAACGAAGACCACAGGGCGAGAUCACGAUGAAGGGUUUGGAAAUAUGCUGGAUCCUCUCAGCCAGCCUCUGUGCGUGGCUGCCAGCGAGUUCUGCAAUUGAAAUCUUCUACGACGAGACCUGGGCAGGGCCAGUGCGUCUCGCUCUUGCUGAGUCUGCGUCUACUUCCCCGAACAAUUCGUCUUCGAAUGCGACAACAUGGACCGGUUUCAACACAGUUGAGGCCACUCUGGUGAUGCCGCGGCUUUCCGUACCGAAGAAUCCGACGAUGCGCGUUGAUCAAUACACCGCAGCUUUUUGGAUUGGGCUCGAUGGUUUUGUCAUGUCCGGAGACGAAGAGACCGGAGUGCCCGCGAAUACUGUGCGUGGUCUGUGGCAAGCUGGCGUCUUUAUGUCGAUAUGGGAAAACGGAACUACGGACUACACCGGCUUUUAUGAAUGGGUCCCAAACGACCCAAUCAGCCUGACACCAUCUGAGCUGGCAACGUCAGAAGGUGAUCACCUGCAAAUAUCUGUCACAACGUCACAGGGAGGAUAUUAUGGAAAUGUCACCUUUACCAACGUCAACACCAGCCAAACCUUUUCUUUUGGCCAGGAAGCCCCCACCACCUGGCGCGGGCCGACGUGGCCAUCUCCAGGCACGUCAGCAGAGUGGAUCAUCGAGGCUGGCACUUUUUUGAACGGCACACGUCAUGUCUUCCCAGACUGGGGAAAUGCGACCAUACUAGACGCAAAGGCUUGUUAUGACGACGCAGAUAAAGGCUGUGUAGUGCCCGGCAGCAUCGAUGAACAGAGCCUCCGCGUGACGGCCAUGCGCUUCAACGAGACGGGAAUGCUAUAUACUCGAUCUUAUGUCGAAGGCGACCGAGCGUGGGUUGCCUACGUAGAAGAACCUUCCGUUGGAUAAUGUAAAUCGUUCCGUGCUACAGGUAUUAAAGGAGCGGGCGGAUCGAUAGUCGAGCGGUCAUGUAUGAGUUAGAGCCCCCGGAUCCGUCAAUCAUAGUAACAGGGAAGAGCAUUACGAGCUCCGCUCGAGUGUAUGCUACGGAUGGUCCCUCACAGUAACCCCUCCCCCCAGACUCGAUUGAUGUUCUGUAUAAAUACUUUUAUAGAAGCUAAGUGUGUGAAUAGAAAGGAGUUUUGUUACAAAGAUUCGCCCAUGAUAAG